AUGAAUUGCCGUGUUGUUCAGGCCGGGUCGGAGUCCGACAUGGUGAUUCCCAGGAUGAAGGCACAGGGGCUGACAACGCCCGCCCAAAUUCACAGGGCUUUGGCUCCUGCCUGGAAGAGUUUGGUGGAAGAGCGCAAUGCUGCAGGACUCGUCGCUCCCAAGGAGGAGGGGCAAGCCCAAGCUCCGCUAGGUCCGGAGGAAGCCGCAUUUCAAUAUGAUCGAGUUCAGAGAGGAGAGGUGGACUCAGCUCGGCUACUCCUGGUCUUUGGCAUGGUACCAUCAGCAAGGUACUUGGAUGACAGCACGAGCCGUUUCUUGACGGAGCAUGACGAAGGUCGCAAUGAAAGCAGGGGUGAAUUGGAAGUUCACCUGGCAUCGCAUCGCUAUGCGGAUGGUGCCUCACCGCUUCACAUGGCAGCUAUGUUUGGCUUUCCUGAAGCCUUGAGAUCUUUGUUGCAGUCUGGUGCUGAUCUGAAUGUCACCAGCCAGUCAGGACUUCAAGCCAUUCACGCAGCAGCCAUUGCGGGCCAUGCAGAUGUUGUGGAGAUCCUGGUGGAACAUGGAGCAGAUCCCAACUCGCGCCAUGGAUUUGCCGGAAAUUCGCCAUUGCACUUUGCUGCCGAGAUGGGCCAUCUGUCCGUGGUGCGUCGCCUCUGCGACUUGAAGGCUGACGUGGAAGCAGAGAAGAUGCAGGGAGGUACUGCCCUGCAUACAGCUGCAGACACCAACAAUGCCGCUGUAGCUCAGGUCCUAUUGGAAGCUUGCGCUGCGGACCCUGAAGCUCUACUGUUGGGAGAUACUGUUCCACUGUAUCUGGCAGCUGGUCGUGGAUUUCCGAAAGUCAUCGAUGUGCUGAUAGCUGGAGGGGCCAACCCUGAUAGGACUCUUCGUUCCAGACGAGUGCGCAGCAAAGGGAAGGUCACCUCAGCUUCUCUGCCCGGCAGCAGCCCGGAUGCACCGGGCUGGGAAGAGGGAAAUGGUGCGACGCCCUUGCACAAUGCCUGCGAGAACGGCCACCUCUCAGCUGUAAGAGCCUUGCUGGAUGCUGGAGCUCGACAACUGAACACCAUGGAAGGUGUAACACCUCUGAUCACCGCCCUGCAGUACUCUCACCCGGAGAUCGCCAUGGCAUUGCUAGAUGGACGGACACCAGCACAGCUGGAUGUGACAUCUCCUAGAGACGGGCAGUCCGCCCUGCACAUCGCCAGCGGCCUGGGCUUCGCGACGGUCGUGGCCCGGAUUCUCCACUUGGGCGGCCGAAGCGACGUCCCAGACCGUGCAGGCCACCUACCGCUUGACUACGCUGCAAGUGGCCCUGUGCGUUGGUUGCUGCAGCGUUUUCACGGCAGGGAUCGCCGCCUAGAUUCCAUUGCGCGCUCCUACCUCAGCAGUGGGUUGGAAGAAGCCCUAGGGCAGAUCGAUGGAGCUGAUGUAAGUGCUGUGAAGAAGGAAACCUACAGGAAAUAUUUGGCUGCGCAUCACGAUGGCACGCUGCCAGAAGAGGUCUCCCGGCUGGCUAGGCUCAUCAAAGAGGACGUCGGAGAGAUGGCAAUGUUUCAGUUCUCUGUGGCUCGAUAUCUGCUGGCGGGUGCCAGUGAUUUACCUACGGCCAUCGAGGCAAUGCUGAGUGGCGACAGCGAGACGUCCGUCCAAGUGGGUCUCGUUUUGUUGGGAGUGACGCGGAAGGUGAGUUACCAACCUGGCAAAGCGCUGUGGGUGAACGGUGUGCAGCUUCUUCCGCAGCUGCAAAAUCUCUUGAAGGCGGCUGCUGAAACGUCUGAUGCCGCAGCAUUGGAGGAGAUGGCGCAAGACCUGCUGCGGAGCAUUGAACCAUUGCAGCGUUCCGAGCUGUAAACGUUCCGGGCUGUCGAUCAACUGGAUUGGGAGCUUCAAGAUCGACAGGAGGAGGAGCCGGGUGAUACUCUUGGCCAUUCUUGGCCCCAUCGGCUGGAAGAAGGCUGGGUGUUUCGUAUUACCACAUGGAUUAUUAAGUUGGGGAAAACCCAACUUGCCCCAUUUGCCAUCCAUGAAUAUCCAUGAUUCAAUUUCAGUGAAAAGGCACUUGUAUAUUCAUGUAUAUUCCAAAGAAACGCUAAGGAGGUCUAAGGAGACUUGUGACAUGUUCUUAAGCUUUCAUGAUUGUGGAGUUGUAUCGUGGCCAAAUCCCUCGGAGCUGGACCCCUUCACUUCAGAGAACUUGAACCAGGAUGGCAUCGAUGGUCACUGGGAAACAAUCCAGCAGUCCCAGUCCCAUCUCAACAAAAACCAGCGCUGAAAGGUCAGCUGAUGUCAGCUUCCAGAAUCCUCCAGAAGGCGCUGAAACCCAGCGACGAGUCUGCCAGAGCUAACUUGGGCUGAGAGGUUACUAUUUGCACUGACCAUUUGCAGGUGAUUCUCACCCUAACCGCUGCAAAAAAUCAAGGCAUCUCCAGGCCUCCAAAUCUGGACAACCGUGGAGAAAUCCCCAAUCACAUCCAGUACAACUUGGACGUCUGCAGCAAUGCCGAAAAA